GAGCAGAACCCUCGGCGCCUGUUGACCGGGGACGAGGAACUUCGUUGCUUUGGCCUUCGGGGAGGUGGUCGGGAAGUGCUGCGGAAGAAGUUUGCCAUGGACGUUGAAGAGCCUCCGGUUCCAUCCACCUACGUGAAUGAUGCCGAACAAGAGUUGCAGAACUAUGUGGAGAAGCUGCCACUGCAAGAGGCACCAGCCUUUCCGCUACAAGGCAACUUUUCAUCAAAGAUUGGAGAAGAGAUGAUGGAGGAGCUGCGCGGGUCCUGGAAUAGCCAUCACCAAGAAGAUGAGUACUCGGUCACACUCGAGGGCCGCCAGGUGGAACUCUGGGAGGGGAAGUUGGAGGAUGCCAGAGCUUGCCGCGAGCAGAUGCAUCAGUACCUGGUUGAUGCGUUGCACUUGUUUCCUACGGAUGCAGGGGCUUCUGAUGCCAAUAUCUUUCGAUUGCGAAUGGCAUCGAACCUGGUCCCGAAGGUCACAGAAAGAGAUUUCUUGCGAGCUGCGAUUCAGCCGGAAGUUCUUCGAAGUUUCAACCCAUUUCUGUCACCGAAGGCGGUGCAACAGCUGCACGAAGCUGUGUUGCUGUUGUUGCAGCUCUAUGUGUGGGAGGAUAAGCUUAAGAGGCUUUGCAUACACGCUAAGGGUCAGGUCUACCCAAUGCUGUUGCAAGAGCUGUUGGUGACUCGAUGCUGGGAGGUUCAGGAGCACCCAGAGUGGUUGGUCUUUGAAGUAGAGGAGGGGCUGCAGAUUCGUCCAGUGCAAUAUGAAGUUGCAAGGAAACUCAUCAAAGAUCCAGGCUGCGUGGUGCAGUUGAAUAUGGGAGAAGGCAAAACACGAGUGAUUCUACCCAUGCUCAUCCUACACUGGGCUGGCAAGGGAGAGCUUGGAGAGCAGAGAUUGCUGAGAAUCACAGCGUUGACUUCCUUGAUCAACGAGCUCUUCGAUUUUCUGCAUCGACAUCUCUGUGCUUCUGUGCUGCAGCGGAAAAUCUUCACGCUUCCAUUUCAUCGUGACGUGCAACUCACAGAAGAAGAUGUGAAGGUGAUGAUUUCUUCCAUGGAAUUUUGCAGCCGCAGUGGUGGCGUCCUUUUGGUGGCUCCGGAGCAUCGGUUGUCCUUGCAACUGAAAUGGCAUGAACUGCGCCUUCAGGGGGAACACGCUUUGUGUGAGCUGUUGGAUCAGUUCUUCGCCUUGCCAUCACGUGAUUGCUUGGAUGAAAGCGAUGAAGUCCUCCGCCACAAGUACCAGUUGAUCUAUGCUGUGGGCAGUCCAAUUCCCCUGCCGGAAGGCCAUGAGAGGUGGACGGUGGCAACAACGUUGCUACGGGUUUUGCACAACUCCCAGAGGUUGCGAGACCUUUUGACACCUGAAAACUCGGUGACCGAACCGGGCGACUGCGAAGCCUUUCACCUGAUUCGCCUGGUGCCAGGGAAGGAGCUCCAGGAGAUCAUGUUACAAGUGCGAGUUCGAAUCGUGGAGGAGUUGAUGGAGGAUCCUCCAUACGAUUUCGCCUGGUUGAAAAAUUUCAGAGAUGAUGUGGCUGUAGUCAUGUUCUUGACAGGUCCUGAGGCAGAUGAGACUGUUCUACCUGAAGGCAUUCCCCAGGAUCGCCUUGCUGUGAUGCUGGCCCUGCGAGGAUUCCUUGCAUGUUCGGUCUUGGAGCAUUGCUUAACCAAGCGACACUCUGUGGAGUACGGCAUUCGGAGAAGCCAUGGAAAGCGCUUAGCAGUGCCCUACCGGGCCAGCAACACUCCAUCAGAACGCUCCGAAUUUGGACACCCGGAUUGUGCCAUCCUUCUGACUCUGCUUUCCUACUUUUACGAUGGACUCAGCCACUUCGAGCUACGACAAGCCUUUGAGGUAUUGUUGGCUUGUGAUGAAUCCAUCCAAGAAGAUCACUAUGACACUUGGUUCAGGUUGAGCAGUGAACGCAUCCCACCAGAGGAGAGACCAACGCUGGAACGAGUGUCGAUGGUGGAUCUCUCCAAUGAAAAUCAGUUGGAGGUACUUUACACCUAUUUCCACAAGAACUAUGAGACCAUUGCCUUUUGGGUCUGCCAGUGUUUGUUUCCAUCGGAGACGGCGCAGUAUCCUCAGAAACUGCUGAAAAACGCCUGGCACCUGGCUGAAAAUCCUGAUGGCCUCGUCGGUGGUUUCUCUGGCACCGAUGACAAUCAUCGUGCGCUACCCUUGCAGGUGACGCAAGAGAACCUCACGGAGCUGUGUGGAACCAACGGCAAGAUGGUGAAGACCAUUUUGGACAACCCGGAGUUCCACAGCUUGGAACUUGGUGAAGACGGCCAUUUGCAUUGGAAAAUGGUGCUGACCGCUGCUGCAACGCGAGGUGUGGAUGCUCUGAUUGAUUGCGGAGCUUUGACGGCUGGCGCCGACAAUGCGAAGAUUGCUGGCGAACUACUUGUCUUGAUGGAAGGCAAGUUCAGUGGUGUGACGUUUUUCGACACCUCCAAAAAGGAUUGGAUGAUCUUGGACUACCACGGCCGUUGCCUCCCAAAAAAGUCUUCGCCUGCACGAGAGUCGGAGUGUUUCGCCUUCUUCGACGAAGCGAGAUCUCGUGGGGCUGACUUGAAGCUUGCGAUGACCGCCAGAGCCAUGGUGACCGUGGGCCCCAAAUGUGGAAAGGACAAGUUGAUGCAAGCCGUGGGGCGAAUGCGGCAACUGGGCAAGGGCCAAAGCUUGGAGUUCAUCGCAUCGCCGGAGGUCACCAGAAAGGUGCAAGAUCUCAUGACGCCAACAGACCGCUUUGGCGAGGUGACGUCAAAGGACUUGCUUGAAUGGGUGAUGGCCAAUACUGUGCGAGCAGCAGAAGAGGCGUUGACUGAAUGGGCCAAGCAAGGCUUGCUCUUCACCAAGACGCACGGCAACCCUGAAAUGGCCGUGUUGGAUGAAACUGUUGAGCUCAAGCAUUUCUACGGAGAUGCAUUGGUGUCUCGAGAGGUGUCAGAGGUCAUCGGAGAAGAGCUGAAGGUCUUUGAACAGGCUGGUGCAGACCUCGGUCAUCAGCUUCUCAACGAGAUCAGGCAUCGGUCUGAGAAAUAUGGCGCCGGAGUUCAUGUGACGGCCAGUGUACUGGACGAAGAGUACGAGCGAGAACUGCAGGUAGAAAAGGAAGUGGAGAAGGAAGUGGAGAAACAGUUGCCCAGUGUGAAGCCUUUGCCGGAAGUAGAUUGGGACCUGUCGAAACUGCCCUGCGCGAAGAGCAUCAAAGAUUUGCCAAGCAAAGUCCUCACUUUGCCCAAAAUCUUUGCUUCCACGGUUUCAUUGAAGGGAAUCCACUUUCCACCGCACCUGCGAAUUUUCGCCACGGAGAAUUUCCAUCAGACCAUCCUUGGGCAUCAGAAUCUCAACUUGGAUGACUAUCUACGCCCCGUAGAUGCUGUGAUCGUGUUCCCAGAGUCCAACGAACUUCUGCUCCUGUCCGAAAGGGAGGCGGAUUUGGCCCUGGAGGCGUUUUGGACUGCGAAGUCCCAUCGCAAUGUCUUCACCAACUGGGCCUUGUGGCGGAACAGCUUUUCCCUGGAGAUUCCGGGGGUGCUUCCUGUGGCAAGUCGUCCUUCAGUGCUUCAGGAUGCAUCGGCGCUAGUGUCUAUCCAGGCAUUUAUGGGUGACACGAGAUUCAAAGAAGAGGCGCAGAAGAAGGAACUUCAGGAUCUCGUGAAUCAUGUCGAAAGGGAAUGUGGAGAUGCAAGGGCCAUCAAAGAGUUUGUGAAUGUGAGAGGAAUGAUGCAUCGAUUUGAAAGAAGUGACCUUGCACGCAUCUUGAAUUCGAGGUAAGCCACCGCGCAGAACCACUUUGAGACCAAUUUUGUUUAGGCUAAAGUUUAGGCAUGUUUAGUAAGGCAGUUUCCUGGCGACGUGCGUACGAUCUAU